AUGACUUCGCCGAAGCAAGCUCCACAAGCCGGAGACACUUCCCUCUCCGGGCAAUUCGGUCCUCACCCCCGAUCAACUAUCGCCGAGGAGGACCUUGUACACGUGAAGUUCCUCUGCGGCCUCACGUCGGAGACGGAGCUCAUCGCUCCGGGAGACGACCUUUCACCGGAGGACCCUCCGCCCGGUUAUUGCUGCGCCUACAAGAUCUUUUUCUCGAAGUGCGGCCUCUACUUCCCUCUGCCGGAGCUUCUGGUGAAGGCGAUGUUCGCCCUAGGCGUUGCCCUUCCCCAGCUAUGCCCGAACUUUGUUCGGACCCUUCUCUGCCUACAGACCCUGGCGGAGGAGCACGGCUAUCUCAUCACCUUCCAGGACAUACUCCAUCUUUAUACGAUAAAGAGUGGCCGGACCAGGGGGACUUUCUAUCUCAGCCCGUUGGCCGGACUUCGGGUUUUUGACAACUUUCCCGGGAAGGACGAGCAGUACCGGGGCGACUACUUCUUCUUCCCGAUCAACCGGGAUACUUUUGGCGACCUGCAGGAAUUAUUUGUCCCGCAUUGGUCCCACAAACCUGGUAGAACCUCUCUUGACCGCGGGUUCCUGUCCGAAACCUUCGCGAAUUACUUCGUCACGUUCUGUGGCGGCCAAACCGCGUGGGAUUCUUUUACUUGCCCUAGAAUUCGCGAGGCCGGAGCCCGCAUUCGCACUAGGUUUCUCACCAUCUCCUCCCCCCAAGCUGCACCUCCGAAGAUGAACUAUCGAGAGGAGCGAGCUUACAAAAAGAAGAUGGAGCUGAAGGAGAAAGAGCUGAAGAAGAAAAUGGUCGCUGCGCUAUCGGGCACCAAAGCCCAAGUUCCCUCGAAAGAGAAGUCUUCCAGUUCAGCCGUUCCUCCAGAGGGCUCAGGUCGCCAAGUGAUAACUUUGCCUGACAGCGACCUCAGUGCCGACUCCCCCGCCCCUCGCCCAAUUCGUGAGGAGGGUCAGUCCAGUGGUACCAAGAAGAGGAAGGCAGCAGAUCCUGCGCUUCCUAUGCGUGCGAGCUCCCGCCUCCGACCUGAAGAGAAGGUUGCCGAAACUCCGGCUCCAAAGGGCUCUUCACCCGCGGGUCCGAGCUUCACCGUCCCGGAAACGACCCCGAGACGCGAACUUCCAGCUCCGCCGAAAUCCUUGGCGGACAUGAUGAGGAGCUUCAGCCAUCCCGGAGCUCGGGUUCCUGCCUUUAAGGACAUGUCCUUGAGCAACCGGGAAGACUACUUCUGCUUUGCCGAGAAGGUUGGCGAGAUGCUCUUUGAAUUCAACAGCUCAGUAGCCCACUACGAAGAGCAGCUCUUCGCCAGCCCCUCCGCCACAGAAAUCGGGGCCCUUCAAUCUCGAAUUGCAGACUUAGAGAAGGAGGUGAAGAAAUACAAGUCCAUGGAUGCUGCCAACCGAGCCGAGGUGGAGAGGGCGGCUAAGUUCAGCAAGAAGCUCAAGUCCGUCGAGCUCGACCUACAGAUUGCUGAGUCUGACCUGGAAACUUGCCAAGACAAGUUAAAGCUGGCCGGGGAACUGUACCUGAAGGCGACCACCGCUGAGACGGAUGCGAAGAAGGAACUCCAGGAGAUCAAACUCAGAAACCAGCUCCUGGAAGCAGGGAACAGCUCGGAGAUGGAAAGGGUUCGAAGGGAGGAGCGGAGGAAAACGCGAGCUGAGCUUCGGGAGACAAUCGAUAAGAUCGGGACGCACCUCGAGGAGCAUGACCGAUUACUCCCCCACGCAAUCCGAGCUGCAGAGAUCACUGCCAACCGGAUGCUAGUGGAAGAAAUCGAGAAGGGCGAGAUCGCCGACCAGAAAGAGGAGCUCGAGACAUUGAAGGCUGAUGAGAAGGCUGCUCACCUCGAGGCUGAAAAGGUAAAGGAUUUGAAGUUUGACCCUUCAUCACUCACUGCUCUUUUGGCAGAUACUCCCCCCGAGGUCGGGCCUGACCCCACUUCUGCUCCCCUUAUGAUCGAGGAGCCUACUUCUGAUCCUUCUGUUGUAACGAAUCAGGAACUGGAGGCCAUCAAGCCGGGUCUUAGUAAGGAGGUCAAUGACUUUAUGAAUGUCGGGGGUGACGAAGCUUUGAUGGAUGAGGCGGCUGGCACUCCUCUGAGUCGUUCUGAAGCCCCCAUUGCGGACCCCUAA